CCCGCUGCCCGCCGGUGCGUCUGCCGGGCGCCCGGCGCCAUGAGGCUGUACAGCCUGAGCGUCCUCUACAAGGGCGACCCCAAGGCGCUGCUGCUCCGGGCCGCCUACGACGUGUCGACCUUCAGCUUCUUCCAGAGGACCAGUGCUCAGGAAUUCAUGACCUUCACGAGUCAGCUGAUUGUGCAGCGCUCGGCGGAAGGCAGCAGAGCUUCUGUCAAAGAGCAAGGGUACCUGUGCCACGUCUAUGUGCGGAAUGACAGUCUUGCAGGCGUGGUCAUCGCUGACAGUGAGUACCCUUCCCGGGUGGCUUUCACCUUGCUGGAGAAGGUGCUGGAUGAUUUCUCCAAGCAGGUCGACAGUGUCCACUGGCCAGUCGGAUCCCCUGAUACUAUCCACUACACAGCUCUGGACAGAUACCUUAGUACCUACCAGAAUCCCCGAGAAGCUGACCCCAUGAGUAAAGUGCAGGCUGAACUAGACGAGACCAAGAUCAUCCUGCACAACACCAUGGAGUCCUUGUUAGAACGAGGCGAGAAGAUAGACGACCUCGUGUCCAAAUCCGAAGUGCUGGGAAUUCAGUCUAAAGCCUUCUACAAAACGGCCCGGAAACAGAACUCGUGCUGUGCGGUCAUGUGACCGAGGUCCGCAGAGGCCGCACUGCAGAGCCCCGCCCCCACCCCAACCAGCUCUGGGCAGGCAGCGCCCUGGGGAGGCCAGAGCAGCAGCGCUUCUUGUGCACUUCGGAGCUUCUGGGAGGAGCCGAGGGCUGGUGGAAGGACCUGGGGUGGGUGUUCGAAUUCAUGUGUCUAGUGAUUUUUGAAAAGGUAAUUUGAGCCCUGAGAAGUGUAUUUUUGGGACAAAUGAAACCAUGAACACUCCGUGACUCCCGCAGAUGCCGAAGGGCUUGUUCUGACCUGACAACCCCAGGCUCAGAGCCAGCUCUGCUGAUCCUCGGCAGCCUUGGGUUUCACUUGUACAUUAACUACAUUCAUACUUCAGUAAGGCAGGGUGGGGGGUCUCAUUCCACGGGGUGUAGAGGGUGCAGAGCGCACAGUUUCCUGGGAAAGCCACCCAGGGUCACGGGUGGGGGCAAGCAGGGCGUGGACCAGCAGGUCAUGGCUGAGGCCAUGGUGAUGAGACAGUCACUGGGAUUCCCAGGUCCUGAGAGGGUUUGCCUCUGCUGAGGUGGACUUCCACAGGGCCCUACAAAGAUGCCUUAGAGGUGUUUGGACGGGGUGGGGCACCUCUCUGACCUGCAGUUUGGCCUUGAACCUCUGGAUCACAGGCUGUGCCUCUCUGGCAAAAAGACUGUUUGGCCACCACCUGGGGCUUGCGUGUCUUAGCAAGUGGACUUUUCUGUGGCCACUGUUAACUGGGCACCAAGAGUAGGUGCCUGCCAACCCAAGGACUCUCGAUACCGCACUGGUCUGAGCGCAUACCCCUUCCCCCAUCCCACCUGACCUUCAGCAGCAGGAACACAGGCCGCACAACAGCCCGGCAGGUUUCAGCUCCCCUUGGCCUGCCCGGUCCCUUGGUCACACUGCCCCGUUCCUUGUACUCUGCUGUGCCACCUGAGGACAGGAGGCACCCUUGGGACCAGUCCCCAUGAAAGCCCUCGCUGGGGCUGCGUCAACCAGUGUGGUCUCGGGCAGUCCCUCCCUGAGCUGGUUCUUGCCAGACCCCGAGGCCCUACUCCCCCAGCAGGAAGUGCCAGCAGCCAUGGAAUCUUGCUUGGGCCAGAAUAUGGGGUCUGUGUGGCUUCGCAGCCCUCCACCCCUGACAGGUUCCUGCUGGCUGCUGCUUUUCUGGGCACUGCCGGCCCACCCCCAGUGUAGCCAGCCCGCCCACCCGAGUGAUGUUCCCCCUGCUGGACACGCCCCAGGAGGGCCAGACCCAUCCUGCUCACUGGUGCCUGAGAUGGCUGUGACCCCACUGGGUCACAGAUGAUGGAGAGAAACCAGGGUGGGGGUGGAUUUGGGGGAAGAGGGAGUGGCGGGGGCUGGUUCAGGCCCUGUACCGGCAUGAUCCCUGUUCCUGUCAUUCUAACGUUGAGUCAGCUAAGAGUGUAUUGUAAUAAUCGCUGCCUAAUUUUCCUUGUGUCGUUUGAGAGAUUCCUAUCUGGAUAAAGUUGUCUUUUGAA